AUCGAUAAACUCAAAGGAGAUGGAUUCAACAAAUGGUAACGGGGCUGAUCUUGAAUCAGCAAAUGGAGCAAACGGGAGUGGGGUGGUUACUGAUGCAUUACCACCUCCUCCACCAAUUAUACCUCCAAAUGUGGAACCAGUUCGUGUUAAAACUGAACUUGCUGAGAAGAAGAACUUGCGAGUUCCUAUGGCUAGAAAAGGCUUUGGAACAAGGGGACAAAAGAUUCCAUUGUUGACUAAUCAUUUCAAAGUCGAUGUGGCUAAUCUUCAGGGCCAUUUCUUCCACUACAGUGUUGCGCUAUUCUAUGAUGAUGGUCGUCCUGUUGAAGCAAAGGGGGUUGGAAGAAAAAUCCUUGACAAGGUGCAUGAGACUUACCAUUCUGAUCUAGAUGGUAAAGAGUUUGCUUAUGACGGUGAGAAGACGCUGUUUACAUAUGGAGCUUUGCCUGAUAACAAGAUGGAUUUUUCUGUGGUGCUUGAGGAAGUAUCUGCUGCAAGGACGAAUGGAAACGGUAGCCCCAAUGGGAAUGAAAGUCCAAGUGAUGGUGAUAGGAAAAGACUGCGUAGGCCUAACCGGGCCAAAAACUUUAGAGUGGAGAUCAGCUAUGCGGCCAAAAUUCCUCUACAAGCUCUUGCUAAUGCAAUGCGGGGACAAGAAUCAGAGAACUCCCAGGAGGCAAUACGGGUUCUUGAUAUCAUAUUGAGGCAACAUGCUGCUAGACAAGGUUGCUUGCUUGUUCGACAGUCUUUUUUCCACAAUGAUCCAAGUAACUGUGAACAAGUUGGUGGUAACAUCUUAGGAUGUAGGGGAUUUCACUCCAGUUUCAGAACAACGCAGGGUGGCAUGUCACUUAAUAUGGAUGUUACAACCACCAUGAUCAUCAAGCCUGGUCCAGUGGUUGAUUUCCUAAUUGCUAACCAAAAUGCGAGGGAUCCUUAUUCGAUUGACUGGUCUAAGGCUAAAAGAACCCUUAAGAACCUAAGGGUUAAGGUCAGCCCCUCAAACCAAGAAUUCAGGAUCACCGGAUUGAGUGACAAGCCUUGCAGGGAACAAACGUUCGAAUUGAAGAAAAGGAACCCAAAUGAAAAUGGCGAGUUCGAUAUUACUGAAGUGACGGUUGCUGACUACUUCCGUGAAACAAGGCAUAUUGAUUUGCAAUAUUCUGCGGAUCUGCCGUGCAUCAAUGUUGGGAAGCCAAAGCGACCCACUUACAUUCCUCUUGAGCUCUGCUCCUUGAUUCCACUUCAGAGGUACACAAAAGCACUUAACACAUUCCAAAGAUCUGCCCUUGUUGAGAAAUCCAGACAGAAACCCCAAGAGAGGAUGACUGUUCUGUCCAAAGCUCUGAAAGUUAGCAACUAUGAUGCUGAGCCACUCCUGCGUUCAUGUGGCAUUUCGAUCAGCUCCAACUUUACUCAGGUGGAGGGUCGUGUUCUACCAGCUCCCAAGCUGAAAAUGGGAUGUGGAUCUGAACUCUUUCCCAGAAAUGGUCGCUGGAAUUUCAACAACAAGCAAUUUGUUGAGCCCACCAAAAUUGAACGAUGGGUUGUUGUCAAUUUCUCUGCUCGCUGUAAUGUACGUCAAGUUGUUGAUGAUCUGAUCAAAAUUGGAGGAUCAAAAGGAAUUGAAAUUGCUCCUCCCUUUCAAGUGUUUGAGGAGGGUAAUCAAUUCCGCCGUGCUCCUCCUCUUAAUCGCGUUGAGAACAUGUUUAAGGACAUCCAGUCUAAACUCCCUGGUGUCCCACAAUUCAUACUAUGUGUGCUCCCCGAGAAAAAGAACUGUGAUCUCUAUGGUCCAUGGAAGAAGAAAAACUUAACUGAAUUCGGCAUUGUUACUCAAUGCAUGGCUCCGACGCGGCAACCUAAUGAUCAGUAUCUUACAAACUUACUUUUGAAGAUUAAUGCAAAGCUUGGAGGCCUGAACUCAAUGUUAAGUGUAGAGCGUACACCUGCCUUCACUGUGAUUUCCAAGGUUCCAACCAUUAUCCUUGGGAUGGAUGUUUCACAUGGAUCUCCUGGACAGUCUGAUGUCCCGUCCAUUGCUGCUGUGGUGAGUUCUAGGGAGUGGCCACUAAUCUCCAAAUAUAGAGCAUCUGUUCGGACACAGCCUUCUAAGGCUGAGAUGAUUGAGUCCCUUUUCAAGAAAAAUGGAACUGAAGACGAUGGCAUCAUCAAGGAGUUGCUGGUUGAUUUCUACACCAGCUCGAAUAAGAGAAAGCCAGAGCAUAUCAUAAUUUUCAGGGAUGGUGUGAGUGAAUCUCAAUUCAAUCAGGUUCUGAAUAUCGAACUCGAUCAGAUCAUCGAGGCUUGCAAGCUCCUUGAUGCGAAUUGGAACCCAAAAUUCCUCUUGUUGGUAGCUCAAAAGAAUCAUCAUACAAAGUUCUUCCAGACAUCGUCUCCUGAUAAUGUUCCCCCAGGGACAAUCAUUGACAACAAAAUAUGUCACCCAAAGAACAAUGAUUUCUACCUCUGUGCUCAUGCAGGAAUGAUUGGAACUACCCGUCCAACUCACUACCACGUCCUGUAUGAUGAGAUUGGUUUUUCACCUGAUGAACUUCAGGAACUUGUCCACUCGCUCUCCUAUGUGUACCAAAGAAGCACCACUGCCAUUUCUGUUGUUGCGCCGAUCUGCUAUGCUCACUUGGCAGCUGCACAGCUUGGGACGUUCAUGAAGUUUGAAGAUCAGUCUGAGACAUCAUCAAGCCAUGGUGGCAUCACAGCUCCAGGACCAAUCUCUGUUGCACAGCUCCCAAAACUCAAAGACAACGUCGCCAACUCCAUGUUCUUCUGUUAAAUGAGCAGUCCUACUUGGCUCAGUAAGUAAGUAGUAGUUAAAUCAGCUUUCUGACUUUUAUCUUAGGAUCUCUCUCGGCUUUAAGCGUUUAAGGCAUCAAACACUAAGGCUUGGUAUGUUUUUUGUGACUAUUAUCGCCAGCCUUGUUUGCCUGUUGGGGUUUGAAUAUGCUUUUGCCCCUUUUAACUAUUCGGUUGUUUGGUUAAAGACAUUGUAGUGAAUAUCUAAGUUCAGGAAGUUACCCUUUUGU